AUGCCUCCUAUACGACGAAGCAAUUUAGGUAGAAUAACCCGAAAUGCUACCAACCAAGCUAAUUACCGAUCUAACCAAAGUCCACAAGAACGUGACGACAGAAAUGAACGUGAAAGAAUUCGGAUAUCACAAACGCAUGAAGUGCGAACGCGAAAUUCAACUAAUAAUCGCGCAAACUUGAAUCGAGCUGCUUUUAGUUACGAUGUGUCAAUUGACUACAGUAACUACCCGUGUGUUGUUAUUGGUUCUAUGAACUCAGUUUGA